GAAUCGGACACCGGUAGAAGCGAGUCGCGACUCAUUUUAUCUCCACAAGCCGUGAAUGCACGUCAAAUCAAUUUUAUUUUAUUAACCUGCCGGUAGUGUUUAAUAAACCGGUCAAGCAUUAACGACAUAAAUUGCAUGAAAAUAGGUUAAACUUCUUUAUAUGAUGGUUUUUAGGAUGGCGUUUAGUUUUUUAAUUAUUGGACUGUGAACUGUAGGUAAUAGUUGGUUUUCUCUCAUAAACAAUUAUUGGUGAGCAAUAUUACAAUUAUAAUGGCAAGUAUGCUUGUUGAUUUGGAUGUUGAGAGUCUUGGUUCAGAGGUCCAUAAAGCAGACAAACCUGACUUUUCAGCAGCAAGGAAACUGUACUCUCAUGUCAAGAAAAGGACGUUUGCAAAAUUUGUGGCAUCCAAGAAAGUUCCUCCAACCUGUGAAAACAGCUCACCAGCUCUUUGGCACUGCUGUGGACAGUCAUUCCGAGAGUCAUCAUCAGUCCACAAACAUGUUGCCAACAGCCAUGCCAGUGAGAUUCACCAGCUGACCACUGAGAUGCUGGACGUGAUGCUUCAUCACCAGACUCACAGUGAGGAAGAGUCCAGUAAUGAAGAAUCAACAGAUGUAUCAUCCUGGAUCCCUGAUGCAAGCCAUGUCCCAGAGGAUGACCUUAUCAAGUAGGUGCAUUGCAUGUUUCUAAUAUCAUCUGCUCUGCUUAUAUG